ACAAAUUGGUGGCGGAGAAUUAUUAUAUGAAAAAAUUGAUCAUGGAAUACGAAAUGCUAAAGUUUUAAUCUGUUGUUUAACACCAAUGUAUCUUGUUUCAAAUAUGUGUCAACGUGAAUUAAUCUUAGCUGAUAUGCUUAAAAAACCUAUUGUACCAGUUAUGUUUGAAUCAACACCAUGGCCACCAAUUGGUGCUGCAAGUUUAAUUCUUUCACAAUUAACUUAUGUAGAUUUAAAAGGUGCCGGUGGACAUGGUGGUAGUGGUAAAGCAAUUGAUUUACAAGCACGAUACAAUGAGAUAGCAUCGGUUGUCGCACGUCAUACAACAUCAUCAUCACCAAGUACAUUUCAUCGAUUAGUACAUUCCUCGUCACUUGAUCAACGUGGUACAAAUCAUCCAUCCUCAACUUGUGCUGUUUUAACAACGGCUCGACACGCAAAACAAGCACGAAAUAAUCGUCGUCAAAAUGUUGAUUCACUUAAUUCACAUGAAAGUUCUAAUAGUAGUAUGAGUGAAGAUGAUUAUGAUUAUGAUGAUAAUGACAUAGAUGGUAGUGAUCAUCAUGUAAGACCUAUUGAACCUGUUUUAACAGUUGCUAAUGUUGGUCCAACUGUUGGUACAUCUUUAAAUCAACCAUUUCAAAUACGUAGUUCCGUUCAUUUGGAACAUCGUCUUGGUCCAAUAACAAAUUAUCAUCAGCAACCAAGUGUUGAUAAUAGUAUUGCUAGUUGCAGCAUCUGUAGCAUUCUGUGAUGAUUUUUUUUUCUUAUUAUUGUUGUUGUUUCUUUUGAAAUUUAAUUUGAAAAAUAUAUUUUGCUCAACGAUGCUGAGGUGAUGAAUUAGACUUUUUAUCCUAUUUAUGAUUUAAAUAAUAAAACAAUGUCAUCACAUUAUGAAAAGUUAUUUGUUUCUGAAACAAAAUUUCUUUCAUAAACAAAAACAUAGUGCAUAAAAUGGUACGUUUAUAAAAAUAGUGUUUGUAAAGAAAAAUCUUGUUCGCGCAGUCCAUUUGAGCCUAAAAGUUCUUCUCUAACGAUAUUCGAUUGUUAUCAAACGCUCUAUCUUUUUUUAUUUCUACAUUUCGAACUGAAAUUUUGUUUUUGAUCGGCACUCGUUUUUUUUAAUAUUUAUUUUGUUGUUAUUCGUAUGGUAUUUAUUUUCUUUUCAUAAUUUAUUAUUAUUAGUCUAUCCAUUGAUUUAAUGUACAAAUAAACCUAUCGUAUACAUUCGUUAUAUCUAUAGUAGAUCUUAACGAUUUAUUAUUAAUUCAGAAACACUGAUAUUGAUUAUUCUUGAAAGUUAGAACUUAAUCAGUACAUACUUUUAUGUUUGUCAUAUGACAGUUAUGAGAAAUCAAAACAUCAUCGUUGAUAUCCAUCAUGUAAUCGUUUAUCGAUGCAAAAAUCAGAAAAUACACUAUUUAGAAAAUUGAAAAAUGUUUCAUAAAAAAAACAAAAAUAGAAAAGAAGGUUGGAUACAACACGAUGAGACUCAUGACAUUUCGUCUUUUGUGGCUAGGAUAGCAAUAUACUAGUAAAGCAGAUUUUUUUGUAGAAGGAAGAAUACUCUUGCCUUUCGGCUACCUUGCGUGUGGAGUGCUGUCUAGCGACAGAUUCAGUAGCUACUUGAGCUCCGCAUGCACACUAACUAACUACAAGAGUAGGUGUAUGCCACAACGUAAUCCGCAUGCUAUUGGACGAGUGGUUUGAGACAAACAGCCGUUAAAUGACUUGUUCAUGGUCAUUCCAUGACUGAUGAUGCUGAAGUUUGAACACAGUACCUUGUAUAUACGUGUUGAACAACACAGCCAUUUAUGAGGAAACAAUCCGAAUCGAUACUAACCGUUUGAGCUUAUAUUACGCUCAAAAGGAAAUCUUAGCAAGACUAGAAAAAUCCUACAAGAGUUCAUCCUCAUGGGCCUCUGGGACCGAGUUAUGAUCGUUUUACUGAAUUUUCGAUACAAGUUUAAGUAUUUACCGAAGAAUUAAAUAACGGAAUUUCGACAUGAAAUUUACUCCCUAGAUAAGUCUGAUCACUCUCAGAAUUUCAUGAAAGUUUCAGCUGAAAAGAAUAUUCCUUGGUUGAGAUAUUAAACUUCCAGAAAACGGUCGUUUGUCACAAAAAACGAAUUUACUUGAAUAUUCAAUAUCUCGACAAAGGAACAUUCUUUUCGGCAGAAACUUU